UGCGCGCCGCCCUCGCUCGGUGCGCUCGGUCGAGGGCUUGCUCCUGCCUGGCUCUCGCGAUCGGCGCUCCAUUGGCUCUGCCUUUCUGGCCUCCACGUGGGUUCGGCAGCAAUGGCGGCUCCCGCAGACGCGGGCGGUGGUUCCUCCAGCUCCGGCUCUUCCUCCGCUCCCGCCCCGGUUGCAGGGGGCCGGCCCCACCGCCGAGUGGCUCACCAGAUCCCCCACGAGAUCCUGUCGGACCCGGAGCUCCAGGCGGCCGUGGGGUCCCUCCCGCCCAACUACAACUUUGAGAUCCACAAGACGGUCUGGCGGCUACGGCAGGCCCAGGCGAAGCGAGUGGCGCUGCAGAUGCCCGAAGGCCUCCUCAUGUUCGCCUGCACCCUGGUGGACAUCAUGGAGAGGUUCACGGGUGCAGAAGCUGUCGUGAUGGGGGACGUGACGUAUGGGGCCUGCUGCGUGGACGACUUCACCGCCCGGGCCUUGGGAGCUGACUUCCUGGUCCACUAUGGCCACAGCUGCCUGGUCCCCAUCGACUCCACGCGGGGGGUGAAGAUGCUCUACGUCUUUGUGGACAUCAAGAUCGACACGGCCCAUUUCGUCGAGACGCUGCGCUUCAACUUCCAGAAGGGGGCCCGGCUGGCCCUGGUCAGCACGGUCCAGUUUGUGUCUGCCCUGCAGGCGGCCACCCGGGAACUUCGACCCGACUUCGCCGUCUGCGCCCCGCAGAGCAAGCCUCUUUCGCCCGGAGAGCUCCUGGGCUGCACCGCCCCCCGCCUGGCCCGGGAGACGGAUGCCGUCGUGUACCUCGGAGACGGGCGUUUCCACUUGGAGUCGGUCAUGAUUGCCAACCCAGGAAUCCCAGCCUACAGGUAUGACCCCUACAGCAAGGUCUUCUCGCGAGAGCACUACGCCCACGGACCCAUGCAAGAAGCGCGGAAGGAAGCCAUCAGCCAAGCCUCCCAGGCCGGCAAGUGGGGGCUGAUCUUGGGGACCCUGGGACGGCAGGGGUCCCCGGCCAUCCUGCAGCACUUGGAGUCGUGCCUCCAGGCUUCGGGCCGGCCCUUCGUCCGCCUCCUGCUCUCCGAGAUCUUCCCCGGCAAGCUCCAGCUCCUUCCGGACGUCGGCACGUGGGUGCAGGUGGCUUGCCCUCGGCUCUCCAUCGACUGGGGAAAGGCCUUCAGCAGGCCGCUGCUCACACCCUACGAGGCCGCGGUGGCUCUGAAGCAGGCCGCCUGGCAAGAGACCUACCCCAUGGACUUCUACGCCAGCCAGUCCCUGGGACCCUGGACGGUGAAUCACGGGGGGCUCCGUCCCCAAAGGGGGAGCUCAGCUCAAGUGGUGAAGCUGCCUCCGCCCCCAGCAGAGAAGAGCGAGUGUGGGAGCAACUCCGUCCAGCAAAAGACGCUGCCCCACACCCAGCAACCUUGAGUCUCUGAGUGGCUUGGCGCGUGCGGUGCCCGGACACCAUGCCACAAUCAUGCCCGAAAGGACCCGCCGAGGGGUGUGGCUACAAGUGCCCCUGCAGACGGGCUGCCGAUGGCCAGGGGACGCCUCCCCCCCACGCCCCGCCUCCACCGGCCUUUGUAGGCUGCGAUGUGGGCCUGUGAUGCAGUCAGUAACAUCGGGGGGGGGUCCCUUUUGCAGGGAGCACGGACUGGAAACGGGGCUUUUCUUUCCCCCCAUUAGCCAGAACUGAACCCAGACCUGAAAUCUUAGCUUUCCCUUCAUCUUGACUGGGCACUCAACCCCCGAGUCUCGAAACAAGUGAUUCAAUAAUCAGGAACUCGGCUUUCAUUUGUAGGAUCAGAGCUUUAUUUUCCUGGGUGUUAAAAAAUAAUUAAAAAAAAAUCCUGUCGUAUGUAUUUUGUUUAUGUUUAAAAUAGAUGAAUAAAAGUUUUUUUUCCUGGA